AUGGCAGGACAAACUACCCUGUUGGAACAGGUCUUACAGAUGCACAGAGAGCAUGCAAAGACCCUGAUAGACACAGUCAUGAGUUUCAGAAUAGCAAUGAGGGAUUGGCGUGUCCAAAGCAGGCUUUGGGAACUGGAGUUCAUAAAGAAAAACCGAGUUGUCACUCCGUACCUAAAGGGCAUCCGCCGCAAACAACUACGCGGUGGCUCAGUCAAACCUACUGAUAUUGACUAUUUCAAGGAAGUACCUAAGGACCAGGACAAGAUUAACAAAUGGGUGCUCGAUCAACUGAGUGGACAAUACACCACGAAGGCACUCAAAUUGGAGAACAUACUCGACUGUGGUAAAGGAAUCUCAUCGGAGGCACCGAUUGAACCGGAUUCAACACCUUGA